GGACUACCAAUUACUUAUUGCGUGUUAGCAAAUUCAUUAUUAGCAUUUAGCAACACAUUAAAACAGCCUGUAGUAUUUAUUGGUUAGCAAGCUCGUGGUGUGUUGCACAUGGACUGAAGUAAUGAUUCCACGAGUUUACCGAAGAAAAGUAAAGCUAGUUAGCCCGUAACGUUAUCAGCUUCAGCUCAGUUUCAACUUCAACCUGAACAAUGUCAAGCUCAAUCAAGCAGAGGCAUCCUUUGCAUAAAGUGACUGGGUGGAGUGCCAACAUGCAGAGUUUGGUGGUGCAGGCACUUGCCAUGAGGCAGCUAGGAAGGUUGAACCCCCGCCAUCUUCUGGCUGCUGGAUAUGGACUGGGCCAGACUGAAUGGUGUCCCAGGACCAUCCACACACGCCAGCUGUGGGGCUGCUCGGCUUUCCCUGCCCUUGGCUGUCACAGGCCUGCUCUCCGUGGCAGAGAUGCUGUCAGGGGUUGGUCUGUUCAUCAUCUGAGGUUUAAAAGCAACAAGAAGAAAGGUGCUGCUAGGACAGCACAGGUGGAUGAGGAGGAAGAUGAGGAGGAGGAUAAAAAAGACCCCGAGGACAGUGAUUAUGAAGAUGAGGUGGAUGAGAACCCAAAUCUACCAAAGGACUAUAAAGACAUGGAGAAAUAUGUGCAGUCUUUUCGCUAUGAUGUCAUCAUGAGAGCUGGCCUGGACAUGGCGCGCAAUAAAAUUGAGGAUGCCUUCUAUAACAACAAGCUCAGGCUAAAUGGACAGAAACUCAUCAAGAAAAGUAAAACGGUAAAAGUUGGGGACACCUUGGACCUGGUACUGUCUGAAAACCGAGAAAAAAACACUGUUACUCUGAUGAGAGUCAUCCUCCAAAGGGUUUUUGGUGAAUCUAGUACCACAGAAAAGUACAAAGUUGCCAUAAGGCGCUGGAAAUGUAUAGAGCUUUCCAAAGAUGAUGCCUUAAAACCAUGAACUUGAAUAAGACAGUGUUGCCUUGAAGGCGACAAUAGCUGCAGAAAUGAAUGCCAUAAAAAGUUGGAUCUCGUAUGGUUUACAAAGCAGUAAUGUAAAGGUUAAUGGUUUUCAGUUGUUGUAGACAUUAAAGGGAUGGAUUGGACAUUUUGAAGUGGGGUUGUAUGAUGUACUUAUCCAUAGUGUAUUACCUACAGUUUGGAGAAGCAGGCAGGACUACUGACACUGAAGCAAAGCGAUGCACUGCUGUGGACGGAACCAGCAGUAAAAACGUAUUUAGCCACCUAAAAAAACUAGUUUAGUUUUAGUUUACGCCAUAUUUUCAAUAUUUUCACUAUUUUACCUUGCUGUGCAUUUUCUCAUAUUUACAUUAGGGUUGCACAAUUAAUCAAAUUUUUAUCGAAAUCGCAAUAUGAACUAGUGCAAUAUCCAAAUCGCAGGGGAGGGCGCAAUAUUUGUUGAAGGCAAAAUAUGUGUCAAACCAUUCUCAAAUAAAGUAUUGUGGUGCUGCAGAGACAUCCCGGCCUACAAAUCGUAUCCUACAGACUAAAGAAAUUUUUGCAAUCGCAAUAUCGGUCAAAAUAAUUUUCCUAAUAUCGUGCAGCCCUCAUUUACAUAAAUGUUUUCUGUAUAACUUCCGUAUUCCUAAGCAUAAACGCAACUGUGCCAAGCGUAGAUCAGCUGUUUGGGUCAGACUUUCAGCGGUUUGUGGAAGACAACAAAUACAAGAAAAUAAAAAGGAGCUGAUUAUGACAGCAAUGACGAAAAGCCUUUUACUUUGGAGAUGAGAGAAAACCUUUAUGAGCCAGAGUAUACAGAAGAUGAACUUUUGCAGAGGGAGACUGAACGGUCGAAAGAGAGAGAGGGGAAACUUCGGUGGAAAUGUAGCUGAUACAGUAUACUGACUAUGGAUAAGUACCUCCUAAAACCCCACUUCAAAAUAUCCAAACUAUCCCUCUAAGCAGUUGGGAGAGGGUUGGGAGAAAGAUUUUUAACGUUGACCUUUCCCCACUACACUGUGAGACUCCCCCAAUAAAGGUGCACGCACAAGUUGAUCA